UUUCUUUUUCUUUUUCCUUUAAAACUAUAUGCACAUUCACAGACAUACAUGUAUAAAUAUAUAUUAUAUCUGCCUCAAAGGCAUUAACAUUUUCACAAAUCAAACAGACACAAAAGUAUGAAUAAUAAUAUGAACCCAUCUCUCUUCCAAAAUUACACUUGGAACAACAUCAUCAACAACAAGAGUGAUGAUCAUCAUCAUAACGAUCCAAUCGGUAUGGCCAUGGACCAACACACCCACCUCCACAUCUUCAAUCCUUUCACUUCAUCUUCUUCUCAUUCUCAUUUCCCUCCUCUCUCUUCUUCCCUCGCAACCACCACUACUCUUUUCUCCGGAGAUCAAGAAGAGGAUGAAGACGAAGAAGAGCCUGUAGAGGAACUAAGUGCUAUGAAAGAAAUGAUGUACAAAAUCGCAGCCAUGCAGCCCGUCGACAUCGAUCCAGCAACCGUCAAGAAACCCAAACGCCGUAACGUUAGAAUCUCCGACGACCCUCAGAGCGUGGCAGCGAGACACCGUCGUGAGAGAAUCAGCGAGAGGAUCAGAAUCCUCCAGAGACUCGUGCCGGGUGGCACCAAGAUGGAUACAGCUUCAAUGCUCGACGAAGCAAUACGCUACGUCAAGUUCUUGAAACGGCAGAUCCGGCUUCUCAAUAAUCCUCCUCCGCCGCAAGAUCAAGCUUCUCAGGCGAUGAAGACGUCAUGGAUUUCGCCGCCACCACCGUCAGAUUUCGGCAGUGAAGGAGGAGGAGGUGAACUGAUUUAAAUCAGGUUACAUUUCCAUUAAUAGUAGCUAAAUUAUGUUAUAAAGUGUGAGUAAUGGUGCAAUUAUGGAAAGUGUUUAUAUAUAAAAAUGGAUACGAAGUAAGAGUUUGUUAGGAUGUUUUAUAUAUUGUUGUUGACCGAGAAAAGGUUGUGGAAUAAUCAUAACGGUUAGGUUGAAUUGUGUUGUGUACCACCAUAUAUUUAUAUAUUUAUGUUAUCAUUUCGUAUAUAUAAUAAUAAGGUCUUGAUUUGUA